UUUCUAAUUCCUUCUCUUCAUAAUAGAAUUUUGUGUUAUUUGGUUGUUUUUCAUUUAAAUUUUUAGUGAAAAAUAAAGGAAAAACAUUUUCCAAAAUAAAUAGCAGACCACACGUGUGGACCACAGAGUUGAGGCUAUAGGAUUUCGGUGAAAUUUUAUUGUGAAACCACUUUUGGUCAGCCGUAUGAAGAGAAAAUUGUUUCGCGCCCGUAACCAAGAAAAAGAAGAAAAAAAAAGACGUUUACAAGGCUUUUUUUCGCCCCAAAGCCUUUGUUCACUGCAGCAGUAGUCAGUCGGUCAGCAAGUCAGUGAAUAGAAGAAAAAUCGGUUAAAAGAUAACUUUCCAGCCAAUAAACUAUUGCUGCUGCUACUGCUGCCUGCCAAGCAACCCAACGACCAGCCAGCCUGACUGUGUGUGUCCACCAAGAACAGGAAACUCCUUGGAAAAAAAUCCGAAAAGAAAUAUCAUCAAAGUAACCAUCGUCGUCUCUAGAGAAUAAAGAAAAAUGUCGGGCGAGGAAACAUCUGCUGACCGUAAUGUGGAAAUUUGGAAAAUCAAAAAACUAAUUAAAAGUCUGGAAAUGGCCAGAGGCAAUGGCACCAGCAUGAUAUCCCUGAUCAUACCGCCCAAAGAUCAAAUAUCACGUGUGAGUAAAAUGCUAGCCGAUGAAUUUGGAACAGCGUCGAACAUUAAGUCACGUGUCAAUCGACUAUCGGUUCUGGGUGCAAUUACCUCGGUACAGCAUAGACUUAAAUUGUAUACCAAAGUGCCUCCCAAUGGACUGGUAAUUUAUUGUGGUACAAUUGUCACCGAAGAGGGUAAAGAGAAAAAAGUCAAUAUCGAUUUUGAGCCAUUCAAACCGAUCAAUACAUCAUUGUACUUGUGCGACAAUAAGUUCCAUACCGAAGCAUUGACCGCCCUCUUGGCCGAUGACAAUAAAUUCGGCUUCAUUGUUAUGGAUGGUAAUGGUGCACUGUUUGGUACCCUGCAGGGUAAUACGCGAGAGGUGCUACACAAAUUCACCGUUGACUUGCCGAAGAAACAUGGGCGUGGUGGUCAAUCGGCGUUGCGUUUUGCCCGUCUGCGCAUGGAGAAACGUCACAAUUAUGUGCGUAAAGUUGCUGAAGUUGCCACACAGCUGUUCAUCACCAAUGACAAGCCAAAUAUCGCUGGUCUCAUAUUGGCCGGUAGUGCUGAUUUUAAAACUGAACUGAGUCAAUCGGAUAUGUUUGAUCCGAGAUUACAAUCGAAAAUAAUCAAACUGGUCGAUGUCUCAUAUGGCGGCGAGAAUGGUUUCAAUCAGGCAAUUGAACUGGCAGCGGAAUCUUUGCAAAAUGUUAAAUUUAUUCAAGAGAAGAAACUAAUUGGCCGUUAUUUUGAUGAAAUAUCCCAGGAUACAGGCAAAUAUUGUUUUGGUGUUGAGGAUACAUUGCGUGCUUUAGAAUUGGGUUCCGUUGAAACGUUGAUAUGUUGGGAAAAUUUAGAUAUUCAAAGAUAUGUCCUUAAAAAUCAUGCAAAUUCAACGGCAACCACAGUGUUGCAUUUGACGCCGGAACAAGAAAAGGAUAAAUCGCAUUUUACAGACAAAGAGACUGGUGUUGAAAUGGAGCUUAUAGAAUCCCAGCCCCUGUUGGAAUGGCUAGCGAACAAUUAUAAAAUGUUUGGAGCCACACUGGAAAUUAUAACUGACAAAUCCCAGGAGGGUAGUCAAUUUGUGCGUGGUUUUGGUGGCAUUGGGGGAAUUUUACGAUAUAAGGUUGAUUUUCAAUCAUUACAAGCCGAUGAACCAUUGGAAGAUGUUGAUCUUGACGAUUAUUAAAUCUGUUAAUACCAUAUUUAUUAUGAAGAGAAUGAUGGAAAUGAAGAUAAUGAUUACGAUGAAGAUAUGAUACUGACAAAUGAAAGCAGCUUGUUUGAUUACUCUUAAUGAUAUCUUGCAGUCCAAAAUAUUUCAUAUACAUAAGAAAAGAUGAAAACCAAUAACAAAAUUUUGGUCAUUACAAAUCACUCAUCCCAUGGCAAAGAACACAGCUGUGUGGAAAUAUAAAUACGAGGUGUUCUCUACUAAUUUUAUGUUUAAUGUAUAGCGCAAAUACUGCCUUUAAAUUCUCGAACAAUGAGUAUUAAAAUGAAGACCACCAUCACCAACCCAAAAAUAAAAAUACAACAUCCAUAAUCAGCCACAGCAGUUGGGAGCAGCAGGAGCAGGACUUUUGUUUAUUGAAUGAACACAAAUAGGAUAUUUUGGAAUUUGGAAAUACUUCAAUGGAACUCUGUUCAAUUUCCUUGGAUGUCUCAAGAAAUUGGACACUUAGAAUCUCCAUUUGGAUUCUCUUGGGGAGUUUCUGAAAAAAGUCGGGUGUAUGGACUUAUUUUCUGAAAUUUAAUGGAGUCCUUGAAAGGCGUCUCAAUUCUCUUGAGGCUGAAUUUCUUAAAUUAUGUGUUCCUCCAAUAGCAAAGGCUCCAAAAAUAGGUAUACCCCUUCGGUAUAACAUUGUGCUCCACCAAAUCAAACUGCUGUCAUUUUAACAUCUCUACCAAAAGAACAGCUGUUUAAAUUAACGAAAUAAAUUGGAAAAUAUUUGCAAGAGAA